AUGUACCAUCAUGGGUUGCAGACAGCCAAUGGGUCAAGCAUUGCACGCAGUCCAGUUACUGACCCGCCUCCGCGGGCCAUAACGGGCAACAACGCACGCACCAGACAACAAGAUUUCUCUUCUUGCGUCAACAUGGUCCAGUUCGAAGCGAGAGAAGAAGAGAAGGCGGGCAGGGAUAUCACCCACGCCCCGGGAGCAGCAGUUGUGGGGAGAGAAGUUGAACGUUCGCGCCGAUCGCCAGCUGUAGUGCGGGAUAAGUCGCGUGUCCAGAGUAGCUACCUAUCUCGAUGUGUGCCCAAAACUGUUGAGAGGGAAGGGGGGUACAGUACAAGGUGGGAUGAUACCAACUACGGUAUCCCUUUACUAGCAUCCUGA